UAUCAGUCUGUUUGGAUUAUUGCAAGCAUUCACAUGCAUUCCUGCCUUUUUUGCCAUCCCGCAUCCAAGAUGAGGAUUAGUUGACCAGCAACACACACACACACACACACACACAGUCGGGCAGCCAUGAUGCGCUCGCUUCAAGUGAGUGAAAGGCAGGAAGUGGCGACUAACAUUGAGGAUGACUGAUGUGACAAACGGAUGCUGGCAAGUCAUUUGGCUCUGCGGGGUGAGUCAGCAUCCGAGGCUCCCCGUCGGGAGCGCCCAUAAUUCCAUCUGCUCGGUCCCCAUUCGUCAUCCCCCCUCUCCUCCUUCCCCUCCCUCCCUCCUUCCCUCCAUCCCUCCAUCCAUGCUACACACGCUCAAAGGCAGCGAGACGACGUUUACUUGAGGACAAGAGGGAUGCGACGGGAGGUAGCGGAAGAGACCAUUCUCAAGUAUUUACAAGGCUCAGGCAAAUAAGAGGCAGAGCCGGGGCGGCCAUUACCGAGUCCCGCGUUUAGGAUGGCCGCUGACGCCGGCAGCAUUCCCAGCCCGGUGGUGCGCCAGAUCGACAAGCAGUUCUUGAUCUGUAGCAUCUGUCUGGAACGAUACCACAACCCCAAAGUUCUGCCCUGCCUGCACACUUUCUGUGAAAGGUGCCUGCAAAACUACAUCCCGGCGCACAGCCUGACGCUGUCGUGCCCCGUGUGCCGCCAGACGUCCAUCCUGCCCGAGAAGGGUGUGGCAGCGCUGCAGAACAACUUCUUCAUCACCAACCUGAUGGACGUCCUGCAACGCUCGCCGGGCCGGCGCCGAGCGGGCGGCGAUCAGGAAGCGGCGGCUGUCCUCAACGACAUGGCCACGGUGGCGGCGGGGCAGCUGCUCUCCUGCCCCAACCACGGAGGCAACGUUAUGGAGUUCUACUGUCCGCCGUGCGAGACAGCCAUGUGUCAGGAGUGCGCGAGCGGCGAGCACGGAGAACAUCCCACCGUGCCGCUUAAAGACGUCGUGGAGCAACACAAGGCUUCGUUGCAGGAGCAGAUGGACGCCGUCAAGAGAAGGUUGCCAGAGAUCGACGGCUCCCUGCUCACACUUUCGGGCAUCCUGCAGCGAUUGACGGGUCGCAAGAGCGCCAUCGAGGAGGACAUCCACGCCGCCUUCGACGAACUACAGAAGACGCUCAACGUUCGCAAGAGCGUCCUGCUCAUGGAGCUGGAGGUCAACUUUGGCCUCAAGCAGAAGGUGCUGCAGUCUCAGCUGGACGGCUUGCUGCAAGGCCAGGACGGCAUCCGCAGCAGCUGCGACUUCACCGAGCAGGCCCUGAGCCACGGCGGCGAGGCCGAGGUUCUGCUGGUCAGGAAGCAAAUGAGCGAGCGUUUGGCGGAGCUGGCGGCUCAAGAGCUCCCCCUGCGGCCCGGCGAGAACGACCAACUGGACUUCCGCCUGGAGACGGAGGGCGUGAAGAAGUCCAUUCACAACCUGGGUAGCGUGGUCACCACCAACGCCGUGGCGUCCGAGACGGUGGCCACCGGCGAGGGUUUGCGGCACUGCGUGGCGGGCGUGCCCACCUCCAUCACCGUCACUACCAAGGAUAAAGACGGCGGCCUUUGCAAGAUGGGCAACGCCGUCCUGACGGCGGAGAUCUCGGCGGCCGACGGCAGCAAAGGCGACGGCGAGAUCCUGGACAACAAGAACGGCACCUACGAGUACCUGUUCACCGCCCCCAAAGAAGGCACCUUCACGCUGUCCCUGCGCCUGUACGAGGAGCAUAUCAAAGGCAGCCCCUUCAGGACCAAGGCCAGCAAGUCGGCCGACGCUUCGGUCGCCUCCGACGGCGUCAAGAAGAGGCUCAAGUCGCCGGGCAGCAGCGGGCAUGUCAAGCAGCGGGCCAUCAAGAGGCCCGCCAGCAUGUACAGCACCGGCCGCAGGAAAGAGAACCCCAUCGAGGACGACCUCAUCUUCCGAAUCGGUACGCAUUUUGUUUGCGUUGGACAUUUUGAUGAACGUUCAAGAGCGUUUUGCAUCUGCGCAGGCAGCAAAGGGCGAAACAAAGGCGAGUUCACCAAUUUGCAGGGCGUGUCCACAUGUGCGGGCAAAGUGCUCAUUGCAGACAGCAACAACCAGUGCGUGCAGAUUUUCUCCAACGAAGGCCUGUUCCGGAGUCGUUUCGGGGUCCGGGGCAGAACGCCCGGUCAGCUGCAGCGGCCCACGGGCGUAGCCGUCCACCCCAGCGGAGACAUCAUCAUCGCCGACUAUGACAACAAGUGGGUCAGCAUCUUCUCCGCCGACGGUAAAUUUAAGAACAAGAUCGGCUCGGGCAAGCUGAUGGGCCCCAAGGGCGUGUCGGUGGACAGGAACGGUCACGUGAUCGUGGUGGACAACAAGGCCUGCUGCGUCUUUAUUUUCCAGAUCAACGGCAAGAUGGUCACCAAGUUUGGUAACCGUGGCAACGGCGACAAGCAGUUUGCAGGACCUCACUUUGCUGCCGUCAACAACAACAACGAAAUCAUCAUAACAGAUUUUCACAACCACUCAGUCAAGGUGUUCAACACGGAGGGCGAGUUCCUCUUGAAGUUCGGCUCCAACGGCGAAGGGAACGGUCAGUUCAACGCCCCCACCGGGGUGGCCGUGGAUGUUAACGGGAACAUCAUCGUGGCCGACUGGGGCAACAGCAGGAUACAGGUGUUUGACGGCAGCGGGUCCUUCCUAUCCUACAUCAACACGUCGGCCGACCCGCUGUACGGCCCUCAAGGUCUGGCGCUCACUUCGGAUGGACACGUGGUGGUGGCUGACUCGGGAAACCACUGCUUCAAAGUCUACCGCUACCUGCAGUAGCCCCACAUGCACUGAAUACAAAUGAUCACACACACUUACGUAAGGAGCAGAUUUGCACUCAUUCACCUUCACCUGUUGUGCGCUAUUUGUGCCACUGGGACUUCCUGUUUUCUUUGUCCUUUUAGGAAUCACUUCAAACCAACGUACACAUUCCAUCACAGCUAUUCUGAAUUGCAGUGACCAAAAAAGAAAAAAGUCAGUAUUUACAUUUUGCCGGAUUACUUAUAAAGUAUUGUAUGAAGAAGUAUAGGUGCCACAAUGAAAAGGGAAAAAAAA